AUGAGAUGGAAUUUAGGAGAAGAGAAUAAUGGUAUCUUCAAUAUAAGGAUUCCAGAUAAUUUUGUUCUAAGAAAUGAAGUUGACCCCAUAGCAGAAAUUGUCCAAAGCACAUUUCCUUCGUACGGUCAGGGUCAACUAGAUCAUAAACAUUUGGAGUCUCAAGGUAUAUUAGCUCCAACAUUAGAUAUUGUGGACAAGGUGAAUGAAUACAUGAACAGUAUGAAUGAGGCAACUUCCAAGACAUAUUUGAGUUGUGAUUCGGUUUGCAAGUCAGAUACAAAUGCUGAUAUGUUAUCAGAGGUUCACACUACAGAGUUCCUUAACAGUUUGAGAUGCUCCGGUGUUCCAAACCAUUCUUUAACAUUAAAGGUUGGAUUGCCAAUUAUGCUGCUCAGAAAUAUAGAUCACACCUUGGGAUUGUGCAAUGUGAACACUAUCGUAUCACGCUAUAAGGUGACAGUUUUAAUGUCAGUGAUAAUAGCAGCAAAUCUAAAAGUAGUAAAGAAGGGCAAGCAUCCUAUGAAGGUGCAAGGUGAUGUUCAGAAAGUGCAGAAAUGCUAUUCUCCUUAUGGAAAUACUUUGGAACAACAGCAACUAGAUGCUCAAAUUCCACAUGAGGAAGCUAUUGUAAAUGAAGAUGAGGUUGAAACUCAAGAUGAUGAUCAAGUGAAAUCUCAGCAGGAAGUGGCAUUAAGGAGAUCUACUAGAUAG